UGUUGAAAUCUGCAGGGGAAAUUAAAACAAGUUGGUGUUUUUCACAUUUGUCUUAUCUCACCUUAAUCAUAGACAGCGGGGAAUGGCUAAUAUUGAGGAAGAUGGUGGUGAUCUUGUGCCUGCUGGAGAAGAUGGCAACGAGCCAGACAGAGAUGAAGAUGACAGAGAGUUUGACUGGAUAGUUGCAGAUGAUGAGGAAGUAGUCGAGGUGGAGAUUGCAGAGUUAUUGGGCCCUGAAGCAGAUGAGUCGUUUGAGUUGUUCACCCCAGCAGAGCGCAGCGGUCAUAUAGCCGUGGUCGACCGGAACAUCAUGUACAUAUGGGGUGGGUAUAAGAAUGCUCAAACACAUAGAUUCUUCGACUUGUAUCUGCCUCGAAAUGAGAUCUGGACGUACGACAUGGAGACCGGCAUAUGGACAAGACAUGUAGCCGGCGGUAACCUGCAUACAUCGAUGUCCGGCAGCUGCGCGGCGUGUGUCGAUGGAGUCAUCUAUUUGUUUGGAGGGCAUCACGCCAGAGGAAACACAAACAGGAUCUACCGCCUGCCCCUGAGAACUACCACUCUCCUCUGGGAAGAGAUGAGGGAUCUGAAGGGGUUUCCUCCAUCCAGCAAGGACAAGCUUGGUUGCUGGGUUCAGAGGAACAAACUGAUAUUCUUUGGAGGAUACGGCUACGCUCAACAGGGGCCUCAUCAAGGGACUUUUGAGUAUGAUGAAUCAUCUUCACUGGUGUGGGGCAGUCCUGGACGAGGAUGGAACAAUCAUAUCCAUAUCCUGGACCUGGAGACAUCCACAUGGAGCCAGCCUGUCACCAUGGGAAACACACCAUCACCCAGAGCAGCACACGCCUGUGCAACAAUGGGUAACAGAGGCUACGUGUUUGGGGGACGUUACAAGAACUACAGACUAAAUGAUCUGUACUAUGUUGACCUGGACACAUGGCAGUGGCAUGAAAUGAGCGUCCCCCAGCAUGGUCCAGUGGGCCGCUCCUGGCACUCCUUCACUCCUGUGUCACCUGAUCAUAUCUUCCUCUUCGGAGGUUUCACCACAGAAAGGGAGACACUGAAUGACGCUUGGCUGUACUGUGCGAGUAAAAAUGAGUGGAAGGCCUUUAAACACAAUCACACAGAGAACAACAGGUUGUGGCACACUGCGUGCUGUGGUCCUGACGGGGAGGUGUUUGUGUUUGGAGGGUGCGCCAACAACCUCUUAUCUCAUCACAGACCUGCUCACAGCAAAGAGUUACUGAUCUUUAAUGUGCAGCCCAAAUCACUCCUCAGGUUCUGUAUGGACACCGUUGUGGAGCACAGGGACCGUUUGGAGAGUUACUGGGACUGUUUACCUAAACACCUUCUGCACAGCCUCAAACAGAGAAUGACGCUGGGCAACACACUGGGCUCGUCACUGUAACCACUAAAAACACUCACUGAAAAGUGAAGCAGGCAGCAUUUUUUUUUUUUUUUUUGAAAGCAUUAGUUUCAUGUGUCUGCAGUAAGAAGCCAUGGCUCGGUUGGAAAUGGAUCCAGACUCACCCACCAAGUUUUACAAGCAAUUUUGACCUCUCAGCCAAAAUCCUGUCACACUUGAGGUCAACUUUCUCUUUAACGCUAUAAAUGAGCAAGAUAUUGAAAUUAUUUUUUGUUGGUUGUCCCACCCACACUAGGAUUCCUCAGGCAGACAAAUUUACAGUUUGCUUCUAUUGUGUGUCACAAACACAUAUGUCUAGUCAAACAGUACAGAUUUAAAAAGUAGCAAAUCAUUUUCAUUAUUCAAAUUAUACUUCAAAUUAGUGGUUUGUUAUGCUUUUAUUAGGCUACACUGACACAGACAUAAAAUUAGUGCUUUGCUUUACAUAAGACUACUUUGAAGCCACUUUUUGUACAUUACAAUCAACAGUUUGGACACACUUUCCCAUAAUGGGAAAGUGUGUCCAAACUGUUGACUGGUCAUGGAUAUAGUAUUAUACGAGUUAUGAUAUUUGUCUUUUCUGUAUUGAAAAUGCUCGGACUUGUGACAAAGUCUUUACAAUCUGUUACAUUCUGGGGGGGUAUGUUGGAUGUUGAGUUAAAUUGCACUGAAAUGUUUCAUGUCACUAAGAGUUUUUGGUAAUGUAGGAUUAAAGAAAAAUCUUAAUUUGUUAUCAAUAAAUAAACGUACUGCUCUGUUACUGUA